UAAAAUGGUUACAUCGGUACUCAAAGGGUCAACCAGUAUUUUCUUCAUGUCUCGCUCCGUAACACCGCAAUCAAACAAACAGAAAAACCAGUUGAACGGCAUUCGUAUACACACGAAUUACUGCUGCUAACCAUGCUCGCUCGCUUGCCUUUUCGAUUGGUAUUGGUGCCUUCGGACAGAGGCGGCUGUUGGAUAUUUUGGUACAUGAACAUGGCGAUGAACACUGAACACGGCUUGUGGUGGUCCGUGAAGACCCAGCACAGCACCGUGUAGAUGAAGGGUAGGCAACUAGUUGGCGUUCGGGCCAUCGUCAGUCAGUUGUUCGAAGUUCGACCGUUACACGCGGCGUUCCGGAGCUCACGGGAAGCAGUCGAGGCGUGCGUGUCUUUUUUGUUUUGUCCAGAGGACCCAAGGUUUCAGGUUUUUCGCGAUCGCGUGUGUGUUUUCGGUCUGCCCUCUUUGUCCAUUCUCGAAGUUUUCGCUUGUGUGCUCGUUCUUGGGAUUUAGCAGAGUUUGUUUUGCGUGGGACGACUAAGGUGUUGAUGUACCUCGUCUGGAUUGUUGUUAUUGCGAUACUCCCCCUUUCAGUUUGCGCGUUGGGGACAGAUUUGGCUGACUUGCUUCAAGGACUGUUCGCUGUGUUGAGUGAUGUGUUGUGCGUCUCGCGUAGAUCUGUGUGUUGAGCUGCUGGCAUUGGAAUUCCCACUGAUCGAUUGAAGUGCGAUUCGAGCAGAUUGUGCAACACUCCCCAGUGGGGUAUGAAUGAAGGUUUCUGCUAUAGCUUCUGAGUACUGGUGUAGAAUAAUUUCUCGUUAACGUAAUCAGCUGCAUGUAGGAUACUGACCAAGGUUGAUGUUUAUCGAUUGAUGUGAAGCAUCAAGCGAAUUAAAACAAUUUUCCACCGAAGUCGAAGCUUGUGUGUACCUAUGGGAUGGAACCAACUUCCGGUGACCGGAAGACAAACGUUUGAAAAUUGUGUUUGCAAGCGUCUCAACCGUCGUCGUUGACCUGUUGUGUUGUCGUCGUCGUGAACCGGAGAGGAAAUUUGGAUUUUGGCUGUUCUUGUUCGUGCUCCGCAUUGGAGGUCGUCUUUGCAAUCGCGUGAGCUUCACGGUACCACAAUUUGCUCCGGUGCAAGGAAGUGGCGGAGGGUGUAUACGUGGAAGGACUAAGCAACGAGAACCGCGCACCAAGCGGAGAGGCAGUUUUUUCGCUACAAUCGGAGCGGCUGCCAACCGUCAGCUUCGCCAUACCAGAGUGUCCAGCCGGCAGAAGAGCAAGACUGGAAAGGAACAACCCGUUUAGCGCAUCGCAUUGCGUCUCGCCGAGAAGCGGAAAAGGUCAACGGGACGACACACGAGACUCGACGUGAUAUAUUUAAUUCCUCUAUGAGACUCCGGGGAGCGUUUACCCCGCGCUGUCAACGUCGCAGUGCCAUAACAGUCAAUUGGUUGUGAAGUAUAGCAGCAUCGACAUUGCGUUUCAUCUGCCUUCAGAAAGUGCGGAACACUCCGGACGCUAAACGGAACGAAACGAAAUCUCAUGAAUGUGAUAAUUAAUCAACCUUAGAAUUUAUUAACUUCUACCUAUUUUCUACACUGGACGUUUGGAAUUUUAUUCUAUUAGUGUCAUUGUUUAUUGUUGAGUUGCCUGAGAGCCGCAGUAUAGAGCUCCUCAGAAAAGAGUAACUAGUAAUUUAUACGCUGAAAGUUGAGAAUAAGCAAUGGGGAAUUCAACGUCAUCGCAUGAACCGCUGGAACGGGGUUUCACCCGGGGGACUUUUGGUGAUGUCAAAAACACGAAAUCUGCCUCAUUUCGACACAGCAAACGAUCACCGAAAAAGAUGGAUCGUUUGAGGAAAUCAUUCCGCGAUUCGUUUCGCCGGCGCAAGGACCGCGUACCGGAAGCGGCCAAACCGCACCAGUGGCAAGCGGACGAACAGGCGGUGCGAUCGGCCACCUGCACCUUCCCCGUGAAGUAUCUGGGAUGUGUCGAGGUGUUCGAGUCUCGUGGCAUGCAGGUGUGCGAGGAGGCGCUCAAAGUUCUGCGGAACUCCCGGCGUCGUGCAAUUCGAGCCCAGCUGCACGUGAGCGGCGAUGGACUACGAGUGGUCGAGGAAGACACCAAGGGACUGAUAGUGGAUCAGACCAUCGAAAAAGUUAGCUUCUGUGCUCCGGAUCGGAACACGGAUCGUGGUUUUAGCUAUAUCUGUCGAGAUGGUACGACACGACGGUGGAUGUGCCACGGGUUCCUAGCGAGCAAGGAUACCGGUGAACGACUGUCACACGCCGUCGGAUGUGCGUUUGCCGUAUGUUUGGAACGGAAACAACGCCGCGAUAAGGAGUGUGGUGUUACGAUGACGUUCGAUAUGAAGAACUCGACAUUUACCCGUACUGGCUCGUUCCGACAGCAAACGAUGACGGAGAGACUGGCCAACGCCGAUACUGCCGUGGUGGCUCCAACUCAGAACAAUAAUGCGCCCAAAGCUUUCAACCCAUUCGCCAUUGAGCGACCACAUGCUACGCCCUCGAUGCUGGAACGUCAGGGUAGCUUCCGGGGUUUCACUCAGAUUGGGACGGCUUCUCCAUUCAAGCGCCAGAUGUCGCUCAGAAUCAACGAUCUUCCGUCCAAUGCUGAAAGACAACGGGCCUUCCUGGAUCCAACGUCGCCAAACCGAACGUCCGUUUCUCCGAUUCCGGAAAUUUCGCCACAACCACCAACGGAUACCGUUAGUCAGCUCUGUCAGGAACUUAGUCAAGGACUAUCGUUACUCACCAGGAACGAUGCGGAUGACUUCUAUCUGAACAAAGAAUCGAACAAUAUUGGCACCACAUCUACCACAACCGUUACCAGUGCAGCAAUCGUAGGAAGUUAUCUAACCAACACAUCGUCCACCACUAGUCCACCAGAUCUAGCAGCGACCAGUGCCGUCAAUCCGGCACUUCCGCCAGUCUUCGCACCUAGCUCAAAUUCCCUAGCGCAACCCACGAUUCCUCCUCGGUCUGUUUCUCCUAUCAAACAACAAACGGUGGACCUUCCGUUCAGUUCCACCUUACCCGGCUCCAAUUCCAUCGUCUCCAACAGCAUACUGGCUACAUCCAGUUCCGUUGGAACCGGGCCCACUCCGCAAAAAGUGGUCCCCAUCGAAACGGCGUCCCCGCUGCCCAACCCGGAACAGUGGCUAGGGCAGAUAGUGAAAAAUGUGUCCCCAUCGCCUCGGCGUGCCCCAUCGCUGCACUCCCGGACCAAGUCGCUGAACGCCGCCGAUCCCUUCGAUGCCGAGUGGGUGUCGGAUGUGGCCAGGCCGGAGAUCCACAGUACCAACCCGUUCAUUUCGCCACCGAAGCCACCGGCGCAAAGUUUUCAAGUGCACUUGUGAAACCUGGCGAGCGGGUGGCGGGCUGAGGACGCAAAUGGUGCUUGAAUACAGUGUUUUAGAUUAGGUCGCGCGACGGGGGGAGGGGGCAUAGGAAUGCAGCUUGUGGGGGAAUUGGGCGAUAAGAUGUGAUUUAGGAAUAUGCGAAGGGUACUUACUCGAACCUACUCAAACAUUCUGAUAGCAUUUAUUUUCGGUUUUCUGUUGAAUGAAGUCUACGCAGAAUGAGGCCGCGCUAAAGGACGUUGUUGCAGAAUUAGACUGGACUCGAUUGUACAAAUGGUUUGGUUGGUAGCGAGUUGGUUGCCGAUAUUUUGCGAGUAUUAAGUGUUACUUGUUCUGUGUUUUUUCAUAUUAGUUAUGCAAAAUUUUCAAAAACAGUAUCAUUGUGAAUAAAUAGAGUUUUGCUAUAGAUUUAUGCUGACAGUAUUUCAAAACUUUUGUUUUUUUUUAAUGCAAACUGGCAAGAAUUAUUGUUUAUUUCGUAUAAUGAAUAAAAAUGGUUCUGUAUUUAUCUUAGAAAUUCGUUUGGAUUAGGUCUUUUGAUUUGAUUAAAUUCUUUUUUUGAAUGUUUCCCGAUCGUUUUGGAUGGUAAUCUCCUCUAAACAUUCUUGUUCUUCGUAACUUGGUAUGUCUUCUUCACUUUUUAUCAUAUGAGUAAUUCAAAAUUCUAUUAUUAUCGUCUUUUUUUAUACUGGCUUUCCGCUCAUCGUUUGCUGGGUCUGGGUCUUUUUUGUCCACCAUUUAAGUGAUAUGACUGCUUCAAGCCUAAAACAUCAGAAUACUUCUAAUAAAUGCUAACCUGUUGUUCCACUCCGGCAAUUAGUUUCGCUCUCUAAAGAAACUGCUCACCAGUGUUUUUUUUUCAAGGGUGUAUAACAAAAGGCCGGGAGACAAAAUAUCAAAGAGUAGAACAAAAAAAUGUUAGUCCCUUAGCCUAGUACCGUGCACCCCUACUCAAUUAAACGGUACCUCAUGCAAAUUAUAAUGGCCAAUUUUUAAUUUGAACUUCUUAUCCCAUGCGCAACAGAUAAAACGCGUUUCUGAUCAUCUUUUUGUUUUUAUUUUGCGUUCAAUUGUUGUUCCAUUUCGCUUAUCUCCGUUUCACGAGUUAAAUGACGUUUAAACCAUUUUUAACCUGAAAAAUUUGCAAAUUAGCGGGGUGCAAAAUACAAAGUUUCAAACCAACUGGUUUUGUGAAACUUUUGUUAUCAGAAUCUUUCAAUUUUGUUAUAAAAAUAUUCAAUUACAAGUCUAUACUAUAUCUAAAUGAAAUUUUUGUGAGAUAGUUCGGUCAACGUGCAAUCAAAUCAUUUGUACAUAAUAUGUUACAAAACUAUUGAAUAAAUGUGUUUUUUUAACCAACCUGUUAAGAUCUUCCAAAGAAUGACUUAAGUGGAAAACCAGGCGUAGGACGAGUUCAAUCUAUUUUACCGAAUGCUACAACGGAUAAAACACGCAGCUUUAAAAGCCUCACCCAUAUAUGUCUUUAUAUCUUUGCUAGAAACGAAGAAAAAUCUUGAGAUCAAAUUAUUAUUGUCAUAGCAUUCAAAGCAGUAUCAGAUAAAAUUCAUAAGAAAACUCAAACAAACACCAUACAAACGUAUUCCAAUAUACCGUAGUAGUAGUAGAAAUAAAAUAGAACAAACCUUACCCAAUAGGAGCUAAAUAUUUAGUAGUUAAAAUCUCACAUAGAAACACGCAACUUAGAAAAAAAAUGUUUCGAAUCCUACGAAUAAGUGCACAAACACCACCCUUCCUUUUCUGAGAAACUGAAAUGUUAUGGAAGAGCAGAAUAUGCAAAACGCCAGCAAAGAUCAAAAAUAUUGAAAUUAGAGACGAUGAAUCAUACUGACCGGUACUUAACAUACUGCACACUUACGCGAUUUCAACCUUAUGGAAACUGUUGAGUAACCCUUUUGGUUGAACUUUUUUCGAACAUUUGGGUGAAAUUAGUUGAAAUUUAUUACUAGAAUCAGAGUUUCGUGAUCAAUGUUUAAAUCAUAAAACCCACAUAGUAAAAUACCUAAACUACGUUUAUUGGAAACCAUACGGUCCAAGUGGCUUACAUUGACUCCACGCGAGAAAUGAAUAUCCUGUUGAUUAGUUUCAUCGCCACGGAAAGCGAGGAGUUUGGUUGGUCCAUUGGAAAUAUUAAUGAAAAUGUUGUACUUAGUGAAGCGGGAAGCAGCUAGAAAAAUAUGUUGAUUGUACAUAUUCGUUCAUAGUACGGAGUAAUUUAAGUGUUUCAAAUGUAGAUAGCUGUACAUAAAUCAACUUGCAAAAGAAACUACUUCCGUUUCAAAAACGAAACUACACAUUCUGAUCAGUGUUGUAACGGUAAAUAACAAGCGUUCGCGCAGCAAACCGCUCGAAAGCAUUAUCGUCGUAUUACUUAUCAAUAUUUUGCUGCUUCUUUUGAGGCACCUUGGUCUGAAAUUUUAUUCAAAAUAAUAAUUUCGGUAGAAUCAAAUGAAUGUAUGAUAGAUGUAUUGAAGACCAACUUUACAAGAAAUCCGCAUAUGGCUGUACAGAAGAAUCAAGAUCUUGUAUUAUAAUUUCCAGUAUGUAAUAAGUGUACUUUAUAGGAACAAAUAAAUGCCUUGUAAAAUUACA